AUCAAAUGGUUCAGGGGGGCUGGACCAGGCCGCGAGUUAAUCUACAGUUUUAAGGGAGGAGAAGGCUCCUUCCCCCAAGUAACACAUGUUUCAGAUGCCACGAAGAGGAACAACAUGGACUUCUCCAUCCACAUAAGUAGAGUCACCACAGCAAAUGCCGGUGUCUACUACUGUGUUAAGUUCCAGAAAGGGACCCCUGAUGUAGAGAUUAAGUCUGGACCAGGAACCAGGAUGUUUGUGCGGGAUUUGAAAUGGUUUGAAAAUGGCGUGGAGCUUCCAGCCCUUCAGACCUUUGUCUUACCACCUGGAGAUGCGUCCUCUUACACCAUCGUCAGCACUACCUCCGUGACCCUUGCCUUAUCAUCACUCAGUGCCCAGAUCACCUGCCAUGUGGAUCACAGUGAAUUGCCAAGCCCUCUCAGUGGGCAUGUGAACAUCUCCAAAUUCCUCCAAGUUAUACCCACAGUGACUAUAUCAGCACACGGGGUCCCAAGCCUCCAGGCGGCCAUCCUCACCUGCCACGUGCACAGGUUUUACCCUGAAGUACAGAUCACCUGGCUGGAGAAGAAGGAAUGUUACAAGACUUGUGAGGCCCUCACCCCCACCAAGAACCCAGAUGGCACAUUCAGCCAAGACAGUCACAUCCUGGUCAACACCUCAGAGGACAAAAGGCUGUUCACCUGUCAAGUGCGGCGUGAGGCCCAGACACUGGUCCAGGCCAGCAUGCAGCUGAGCAAGUUUAGAGAAGGGCAUGCACAUUUGGGUGCCAGAGAAUUCAGCUCCCUCUUUGGGCCCCUCAUCCUGCUGGGCUGGAAGUUGUUUCCCCUGACUGCACUUCCCAUCAUCUACGUCUUCAGGAGGAGCAUCCCUUCCAAGAGGACUGAUCCAGGAGGGGCACCUGCCAUGAUGCCCGAAACCACUGUGAACACUUCUCCUGCCUCAUCAGCCUUCUGAGGCCUGUCCAGCAUGGGCUGACCCCUCCCUCUCCUGCAGCCCCCAGAGGAGGUGAGAGCCUGGCCCAUGAAGGUCAGUGGUGAGAGGUGGGCUCUCACAUCCUACGCAAGAGAGAAGCUCCUUGGGAGAUUCUAGGCACCAAAUCCGUGACCCUGAGCAAGAAAAUCCAUCACAGGCAGAACAGGCUCCCACCCUGGAGAAUACACAUUCUGGCAAUCCAGAGGGAUGCUUCCUGGCUCCUGAAGGAAAGCCCACUGUGGGCACCCCAACUGCCAUCAAACCACUAUAGCCAAUCAUUAAAAAGGGAUUAAAGGAAACACUAUGGCCAAUAAGCAUAUGAAGAGACAUCCAAUCUCAUUCGUAAUCAAGAAACAUCAAAGCAAAACCACACUGAGCUGCCAUUUUGUUCCUAUCCAAAUAGAAAAGACAAAGCAUCAGCUGACUCUUUCAUACAUUGCUGAUGGCAUGGAAAUUGGCACAGCCACUUUGGAAAACAGCAUAGAAAAUCUUAAGUUGAACAUUCACACACCCCGAUAACCUGGCAUUUCCACUCUUGGGUUAUACCCAAAAGAAACCCUUGUACAUGCCCACCAGGAGAUGUGUGCAAACACAUAUAUGGUACAUGGUUUAAAAUUAGUAAAACCUGACAACAAUGCAAGCACUCGUCUACAGUAUGAUGGGCAAAUAAUUUAGUGCAAUCACAGAAUGGAAUGUUAUACAACAGUAAAAAUGCAUGAACUGCAGCUAAACACAAUAUAUGGGUAAAUCUUAGCAAAAAAAUAUUAGGGAUAAGAUAUCAUACAGCAUGUUAUUCUAUUUAUAAAGUUAAAAACAGUGAAUAAAUUGUUUUUAGGAAUACAUAUAAAUAUGAUAAGCCACUUUUUCAAAAAAGAACAAUGCACCCAAGAUUUUAAAUAGUAGUUACCUGAGGGGGAGAAGAGGGGAAUGAGAAGGGUGUGUACUUAUAGGUAGACGGAAGUUAAUUUUCAGGAUUCUAGCUUCCAUGCUGGGUGGUGGCUUCAUGAAUGUUUCUAUCAUUGUAAACAAAAAAUAAAUAGAAUAACAAUAUAAGAUUGAUAAAUAGGUAUAUGAGUAGAUAGGUAG